GGUGGUUCAGCCUCGUCUUCGCAAUCAGUUUCAAGCGAACCGUCGUUGUGAAGAGUGACGUACAUAUCUCGGUUUCCCUUGGGAUGUGACCUAAAGAAAAAGGCAAAUCAAAACCCGACAAAGAAGACGUGUUUUUGAGUUGGUUCUAAUGCUCCGAGGUGUGUGCAAAUCCCCGACAGUGUUACCAGCUCUAUUUUGUAAACAACAUUGAUUCGACGGCCAAAAUCUAACAGAGACGAAGAGAGAGAUCCUCGAGCGUGGUUUGGUGGAUGAUUGAUUGCCUCUAUUGGUGCGGGUGCCUCGAAACGAUAACGAGAAGACUCCUUUUUCUGAUCCAAGUAUAACAGCUGCAAAAAAAAGUUUUUGGGGUUGAGUUUGGAAAAGGACCCAAGUCGACAAUCGAACGUCGCGUUUUCGUGGAGGAGGGAAGGCAAAAAGGAAAUUGUGGAAACUAUUGGUUUUCCUCCGGUUUUCCUUUGCGUUCCAUCGAUCUGUCGUAAAAGAGGUCGCCGUAGUCGUCGUCGUCGUCGUGGUUGUUGUGGUGGUUGUGGCGGUUGUGGCGGUUGGGUGAUUCCCCAGAGUAGCAUACUCUCUCCAACAGCACACGACCUUCUUAAGUUCAAGCAAUCAAUAGGCCACGUUUUGGCCAACAAUAUCUCAAGUUCACUUAAUCAAGGCCUUUUUACUCACUUGCUCGCCCUCAUUCACAGCCAAAAUUUACUUCGAGGGUCCACACUUCCCACCAGACGAGAGGAGUGAAAAACAGUGCCAGUGCAACUGUCUCACAAGAAAGGGCCCAUGGGACAGUUUCAAGUUCCAAAUUUGGCCCUAAACUAAUCUUGUCCGGUCCGUUCUUGAGCAUUUUUUCUGCUCCUCGUAUUAUUGUCGUGUCCGUUGCAAAAAUGAGAUCGUGUGCCACGAAGAAAGACUGUCGUGAUCCAGGUUAUGUGACUUCAAAUUCCCAAAACCAUGCAAAGACUCUCGGUCGAAUACGGCAAAGCGAGACAAAAGAACGACGAUCCCGGCUCCAGCUGGCAAGUGGUUCAAAUCGGACCAUGAGGUCAGCGGGUCUCCUUCUUCCAAAGCAUUCCAGGACCAUUAUGGACUCCAGUGCGUGUACAGAUUCCGCCAAUCAGACAGUGAGCUCAAGCUAUCGUGGAACAAACAAGUUCUUCAAAUAUGCGUUCCCGUUAGUUUUACUCCAUUUGUGCGGCAUCACUCAAGGACAAUCCUAUGGUACGACCAAUGGGUAUUACGAUUCCCAUGCACCGGUGCGGUCCUACCCGAAUAUCGCCCCACAAAUCGUGUCUCCCGACCAGACCUUCCGAUCAGAGCUCGGUGAUCGCUUGGUUUUGCCGUGUCAAGUGGCCAAUCGAGACAAGUUUGUGCUCAUGUGGAAACAGGGCAGUCGUUUGCUCACGGCGGGUAAAAUGGUGGUUCGCAAGGAUUCGCGAAUCCGCCUCCGAGACGAUUUCUCAUUGGAGAUCGAAGAACUGCGAGCUGAAGAUCAAGAUACUUACACAUGCGAGAUCGACGUCCUUGGCAAGCCCAUCUCCAUCCAGCAUCAUGUUGAAGUUCUCGUCCCACCCGCCGUUCAGGCCAUGCCUCGUGAUGGGAUCGUGAGUACACGCAAGGGUGAUGAUGUGACGCUCCGUUGCAGCGGGAGAGGCAAUCCUAAUCCUCGGAUUACUUGGACCAAAAAGACUGGCAUCCUCCCUUCGCGAAAAACCAGCCAGGAGGGCCUUUCCUUGCUCUUGGAAGAUGUUGAUCGAGGCCAUGGGGGCGUUUACGUGUGCACUGCUACAAAUGGUGUCGGUCGACCGGCCAUGGCGGAAAUCAACGUCCAAGUUAAAUAUCCACCCGAAAUCGAAAUCGAACAGAAUUGGUAUCAUCGGGAGGGGAAAAUCGAGGUCGAACUCAAUUGUAACGUUUACGCGAGGCCAGAGGCAGAGGUGUUCUGGUAUCGCCGUCAGAAGAAGCUCCACGAGACAGAUCGUCAAUUAUUCCAGAGCAAACCCAAUCGCGUCACCUUGCACAUCAGACAAGUAAAUCCCACAGACUUUGGAAACUACUCUUGUCGCGCGGAGAACUCACUGGGCAAAGCCAGAACCUAUACUUCACUCUCGGAACCUACCAUCAUGGUCUCCAAAGAGGGGAAAGGAGCGAAAAAAGAAACUUGUUCUAUCAAGGCUGUGAUAUCAAGUCUGGCUGUGAAAAAAAGGAAAUUAUGAAAAAGCAGAUGAACAUUUUGCAUAAUCAACCCACCAAACCAGAAAGAAGUAAAGAGGCUCGCUUUCCCUUCCCCAAGUUCGUCCUCGCGAGUGUUUCGAUGUUGUUUUCAUUUCAUUAAGAGCUUCUUCUUUGGUGGUGGUCCAAGCCCAAAUGUCACGCUUUUCCACCACUGUUCUUAACUUCUCUUCUGCCACUACCACUACCACUACAUACAUCCCUGUCUUCUGUUCUCAUUGUCAAUUUUUGAAAAGAUGAGGAAGGGUGCAUGGAACCGUUAAAAGAGUAGAGAAAUGAAGAUGGUUUGUUAGGAGGGUAAACGAGCCUCGUUUGAUACUACAUAGAUGAUAGUCUUUUGUCCACCGUGUGGAUGGGAGAUGCGUUUUUAUCCUCCAGUUGUGUUUGUGUGUGUCCUCUUUUAUUUUUGAGCCACUCAAGGACCUUCAUCAUUCUGGGGGAUGUGUUUACAGAAGAAUCAUUGUCCGACCAUUUGUAUGUCGUGCUCGUAGAUAAUUCGAUUCAAGAAUCGUUGAAGGACACCCUCUUUCACUCUCUCUGACUCUCAUGCACACAUACACACACACCAGGUACAUCACUCUGUUAUUAUAAGUAUUCCUACUAUAUAGAACUACUACGUGCUUCUUCUACUAAUACUACAUAUACAACUGGUUCUGUAUUUCGCACAGGCCAAUCCUAUUC